AUGCCUUACCUUGGUUUACGAGCUAGAAUCUCUUUAGCAUGGUUGGCUUAUCCGAUCUUGAUCAUCAUUUUGAUCUUAAUUCAACUUUUCCUUACACUAGGUUCAGUUGGUGAUGGAGUAUUAGAUGCAAAACGUGAUUUGGCAGCUUCUUGUGCUGGUUUUGAAGGAGCUGCUAGUGUGGCUGCAAGUAUUCCUCAUUUCAUGGCUCAACAAACAAAUGAGUUUAUCGUCUCUAGUGCAGAAAAUAUUGUUCAUGGUCUUGCCACCGUUUUGGACCUUUCUAUUCGAGCCAUCGAAGCUAUUAUCUUGUAUAUCGUUGAUACUUAUAGAUCUUUAUACUUAUGUCUUGCAGAAUUUGUGGUUCGUGGUUCGUUGGCUCUGUUGAUCAGUGCUGCAGAAGAAGCAGAAAAAGUAUUUGCAGAUGCUGUUUCCGGAUUAAGGACUGCGAUCCCAGAAGCUACAAUAGGUGGAGCCGAAUCAUUACUUUCUGAUACGAUCAAAACACUUGAUAAGAUUCCAGGGGUCAAGAUUCCUCAACCUAAUCUUCAAAUACCUGAUCUUACAGCUUUACAAAAUGUGAAAGUUCCUACAGGUCUGAGUGAUGCAUUGACUCAACUUAAUAGUUCACUACCAACCUUGAAUGAACUGAGAGACGCGUUAGAUAAAGUCAUCUCUACACCAUUUGAGGCACUACGUGUCGAAGUUGCAAGUAACCUUAAGAAUGCCACUAUCGAUCGUACCCUACUCAAAAUCCCUCCGCGACAAACAGUCACAUUCUGUCAGGACCUAGACACCUCUUUUCUUGACAAAGUUGGCGACGUUAUCUCAUCCGGACUAAAACUCAUCAUUCUACUUCUCUGUAUCGUCAUCCUCAUCAUCUUUUUAUUCAAUGUCUUCAAGGAAAGAUUCCUGUACAAGCGUAUGAUCAAUAAGGUGGAUGAAGCUAGAGAAGUUUGGUUAUAUGGAAGUCAAGAAACAUUCUCUAGUUCGAAUCUUUUAGCAUUCACUCACAAUGUACAAAACCCAUUUGCUUCUACUAUGAAUAAUAAGCUUUUAAAGACAAAGACUCCAAAAAGUUAUCGACUUCCUUGGUUUUUAGCUUAUAUCACUUGGCCUUCAGCAUUACUCUUUUUAGGAUUCGGUCUUUUAGGAUUUUUAGUUAUUCAAGUCCAACUGUUUGCUUUACACGGUGUAAGACAUCAAGCAGUUCAUCAAGCAAACUCUGGUGUCAAUGAUAUGACUAACCUCUUAGCCGAUAAAAUCAAUGACCAAACCCGAAAUGCGAGUGCAGCCUUUGCCGAAGACACCAACGCAGUGAUUCUAAAAUUUCAAUCUGAUGUCAAUGACCAUAUGCUAGGAUGGGCUGGAACCACCACCACCACUCUUAAUAACACAUUGACUACCUUUUAUGACGGUCUAACAACUGUCGUAAGCGAUACGUUUGGCAAAACACCGCUCAAGGGACCUUCCUUAGAGUUACUGAACUGUUUGAUAGGAUCGAAAGUCGCAGGAAUUCAGAGCGCUUUAACCUUUGUACACGAUCAUGCCCAUGUUGAACUUCCAACUGUUAGUCCAACAGCUUUGAUGAUCAGUCCUAGUCAAACGCAAGAUUUAGUGGGAUCUGUAGGAUCUCCUCAAAAUGAUUCAAGCUCACAAUCAAAUCAAACAGAAGAACCAUCUCUUGCUACACGGUUUGUUGAUCGACUUAUUAAUCGAUACACCAAGGCUUUACUUAAACAACGAGUCACUUAUAUCGCACUGUUGGCUUGUUAUCUAUUGGUGAUUAUUUUCGGUAUCAUCGGUGUGAUUUGGGAUAUGUUGAAACAUCGAAAUCCAACUAGUUCAAUACGAGAUUCGAUAGAAAUUCAAGAAAAUCAAAUAUCAAAACGUGGAUUAGGAUCUCAAAAUCAAGUUGCUAAAGACUCAGAGUUUCAUCCAGAUCUAAGGAAAUUGAAUGGUAUAAGAAAUGGUAAAUCUUUUAGUUUCUUACCACCUGUGGCUUUAGUUUCUUCUCCAUUUUCUUCAAUUCAUAGUCAACCUUCUAUUCAAGAAAGAGAAGAAUCUAUAGUUUCAAAUCAAGUUGGAUCAUCAUUUGAUGAGAUUGAUAACUUACCAUCUCCUAUACUUGAACCCUUCUAUACACCUGAACCUGAUCCAUUUUAUCCUUAUUAUCCUCCUUUAUCUUACCCUCCUAUACCUUACCCUCCUAUACCUUAUCCUCCAGUAUCUUAUUCCGAACCAACAUCAAGUUCUAAUGAUAUGAAUUCUUCAUAUCCUAAUAUCUAUCAACAAACAGCAGGUCCAAUCGAUCCAGAACCAUCAAACAAUCGAGCCAUAGGACUAGGAAGAGAAAUUUCAAAAUAUAAUAUCUCUUAUCCUAAAAAUCCAAAGAUUUUUAAACCUAAAAAUCUUGAAAUUAAAGAAAUAAGAAAAGAUCAAUUCAAAGAAGAACCUAAGUCUAGAUUCUCUCCUAUUACUCCUUUGAGUCAUGAAGGUAAAUUGGUUUCUGAAGUAAAGAAUGAUCUUAGGAAUCCAUUCUCUACUCCUUUUGAUGGACCUUUUGAACGUUGA